AAAAACCCUAAAAAAUUUUUUUUUUUUUCUUUCUUCUUUCCCCCCACAAUUAAAGAAGACCUAUAGCUCGAAAUAUAUAUAUAUAUAUCUUUUAUUUCUUUUCCUUUACACGUAUAUAUUAUUUAUUGUAUUAUUAUUAUCCUUAUUAUUAUAUUAUAUAUAUUAUCCAUUAUUAUUUUUUUUUCUUCUUUUUUGUUUGUACUUUUAUAUAAAUAUAGAAUAAACUUAUUUUUUUUUCGUCCAGUUCAUUGAAUAAAUAGAAGUUACCUUUUCGGUCUUGAAAAUAUUUUAGAGUUUCUUUGUGGUUAAUAACAAGGAAAAAAAAAUUAUCAAAAGAUUCUAUUAAACAACCAAAGAUAUUUUUUAUACUUUAGAUUUUAUAAUUAAUUACUUUAAUUUUUUUCGAUACAACAAUAUAAAUCAAGUAACACCUAAUUUCACCAAAAGAACAUUUCGACAUAAUGCCUUUCCUUAGUAAGUUAAAGAGUGUUUUCUGCUGCAACACCAACAAGUAUAUACUUGACGACGACGACGAUGAUGUUGCUUCCAUCAUUGAACGCUGCACCAUGAGUCAACAAGAGGAGGAGGAAGUUUCGGAGAAACCAUUAUUAAAUGACUUUGAAAAUAAGUUCGAUUCUCCUACAACAAGACCUUUCUAUCAAACCAACCAAGUCAUUGUAAAGUCCGUAUUAAGGAAGAAGAGAAAUGCUUCCGUCUCCUCUACAAAAAGUCAUUCACCAAGAAGAAGGUAUAAUAUUCUACUCUUCGGGGAUAAUUUAACAGCUGGUUGGGUAAAAAAUGAAGAUGGUUAUGGUACAUAUCAUCCAUACGGAUUGAGAGUACAAAAAAGGUUCGAAGAUGAAGGUUUAGAUGUAGAAGUUACAGUGAGUGGUGUUCCCGGUGAAUGUGUCGUUCAAUCUAUGGAAGAACGAUUAAAACAUGAAUUAGAACAACCCGGCAAAUGGUACGACUGGGUAGUCAUUCUUGGAGGCACUAAUGAUGUGAUUAACGGAUAUUCCGCCUGGGAUAUUUAUGAUGGACUUAAAAAAUUGUACGCAUUAUGCUCGAAACAUGGCGCAAGAAUUUUAGGAGUAACAGUUCCGGAAUUUGAUUGGGACUUGGUCAAUCAUUUAGAUUAUCAGCGUCGUAUUGUAAAUGAACACCUUAACGUUUACAAUAAUAGCACCACGAGGAACGCAUUCACACUCUUCUUGUUAGACAGAUUCUUCCCAAUGCAAUCUUUAACAACGGAACAACGAAGAAUCUUUUGGGAUUAUGAUGGUGUACACCCAACCGAGGAAGGGUAUGAUCUCAUGGGAGAUAUGAUCUUCGACCUUUUACUUAAAGAAGGAUCAUGGGAUUAAAUUGCAUUGCCAUAUGGGAGACAAUAUUUUUGAGCAACAAUAUAUCGUUCUUAUAUAUAAACAUAAAAACUUUCUUUUUUGGUUUUGCUCAAUCUUUGGCCUUUUUUUUCUUACAUACUAGAUCUAUAUUCAAAAAAAAAAAAAAAAAAAUUCGAAUCAAUUUUGAUGAUGACUUUCAUCAUGUUGAUUUGAGUUUUUUUUUUUUAUUUUACUUCUCUUAUCGUCUCCCUUUUUUCUUUAAAUAACGAUAAUGAUUUGAUAUCAAAUCGAAACUCGGAGUAAAGGGAGUUUCACUUCCCACACAUUAAUUUUUCUUCGUUGCUCUUCUCUUAUAUAUAGAAGUGGGAAGUUAGAAAAAAUUGAUGUCACAAAAAAAUUUAUAUUAUAGAAUUUGGGUUUCAUAGUUGUAGAUUAUAUUAUUGGGUAUAAAUAUUGGGAAAUUGUUGACAUCAAAAAAAAAAAAAAA